UAUAGCAACACACCCAGAAAUAGAAGACAACUUCAGGUUUGAAAACUGCAAUGGCUGCCACCGGAGUUCUCCCCUUUAUCAGGGGGGUAGAUCUGAGUGGGAAUGACUUCAAAGGAGGUUAUUUUCCUGAGCACAUCAAGUCUAUGACCAGCCUGCGGUGGUUGAAACUAAACAGGACCGGGCUGUGUUAUCUUCCAGAAGAGCUCGCAUCCCUCCAAAAACUGGAACACUUAUCAGUAAGCCACAACAGCCUGACCACUCUGCAUGGAGAGCUCUCCAGCCUUCCUUGUCUCAGGGCAAUUGUGGCCCGAGCAAACAAACUGAAGAACUCCGGAGUUCCAGAUGACAUUUUCCAGCUGGAUGACCUCUCUGUGCUGGAUUUGAGCUACAACCAGCUGACUGAGAUCCCCAGAGACCUGGAGCACUCUAAAACCAUGCUGGUACUAAACCUCAGUCACAACAGCAUUGACAACAUUGCAAACCAGCUGUUCAUCAACCUGACUGACUUGCUGUAUCUGGACCUGAGUGACAACAAGCUGGAAAGCCUGCCUCCACAGAUGAGACGCCUGAUCCACCUGCAGACGCUCAUACUGAACAACAACCCCCUAAUGCACGCCCAGCUCAGACAGUUGCCUGCUAUGGUUGCACUCCACACCCUUCACUUGAGAAACACCCAGCGCACCCAAAGUAAUCUGCCAACGAGCCUCGAGGGGCUGACUAACCUGGCAGAUGUUGACCUGUCCUGCAAUGAUCUGAGCAGAGUGCCAGAGUGUCUGUACACUCUGUCCAGCCUGAAACGUCUGAAUUUGAGCAGCAACCAGAUUUCUGACCUCUCGCUGUGCAUCGACCAGUGGACUCAAAUGGAAACGCUUAACUUGUCUCGGAACCAGCUCUCCUCUCUGCCGUCUGCUAUCUGUAAGCUAACCAAGUUGAAGAAGCUCUACAUGAACUCGAACAAGCUGGACUUUGAUGGGAUACCAUCGGGGGUUGGCAAGUUGGUCAGCCUGGAGGAGUUCAUGGCAGCUAACAAUAACCUGGAGCUGGUUCCCGAGGGCCUGUGCAGGUGUAGCAGGCUAAAGAAAAUGGUUCUCAAUAAGAAUCGUCUCGUCACGAUGCCAGAGGCCGUUCAUUUUCUUACAGAUCUGGAGGUCCUAGAUGUGCGAGACAAUCCAAAUCUGGUGAUGCCUCCUAAACCAGUGGACAGGACUGCUGAAUGGUACAAUAUCGAUUUCUCGCUUCAGAACCAGCUCCGAUUGGCUGGGGCGUCUCCUGCCACAGUGGAAGCAGCUGGAGGAGGGAUUGCUGGCAGAGACCCUCUGGCCAGAAAGCUGCGUCUGCGGAGAAGGAAGGACUCCAGCCAGGAUGACCAAGCCAAGCAGGUCCUGAAAGGCAUGUCCGAUGUGGCGCAGGACAAGAACAAAGCGAUAGAGGAGAAUGGGGAUAUGAAAUACACAGACCUGAAGACGCGGCGCUGGGACAAGAGCCUGGAGAAACCUCAGCUGGAUUAUUCAGAGUUCUUCACGGAGGACGUGGGCCAGAUCCCAGGACUCACCGUCUGGCAGAUUGAGAACUUUGUCCCGAUGCAGGUGGACGAAGCAUUCCUGGGGAAAUUCUACGAAGCGGACUGUUACAUUAUACUGAAGACGUUCCUAGAUGAGACCAGCUCCUUGAACUGGCAGAUCUUUUACUGGAUCGGACAGGAGGCCACUAUGGAUAAGAAGGCUUGCUCUGCCAUCCACGCUGUCAAUCUGCGCAACUACCUGGGAGCGGAGUGCAGGACCGUCCGAGAGGAGAUGGGGGACGAGAGCGAGGAGUUCAGCGCGGUUUUUGACAAUGAGAUAUCAUACAUCGAAGGAGGAACGGCUAGCGGUUUCUUUACAGUGGAAGACACACAAUACAUCACCAGGCUGUAUCGUAUUUAUGGCAAAAAGAACAUAAAACUGGAAUCUGUUCCCCUGAAAGCUGCUUCCCUGGACCCACGCUUUGUGUUUCUUCUGGACAAUGGCCUGGAGAUCCUCAUUUGGAGAGGGGCUCAGGCCACUCUGAGCGGAACGACAAAAGCCAGGCUGUUUGCUGAGAAGAUCAAUAAGAAUGAGCGGAAGGGGAAGUCUGAGAUCACAGUGCUGGUUCAGAACCAGGAGACCCCGGAGUUCUGGGAGCUCUUGGGGGGACAGCCGGAGGAAAUCAAGAAGCACGUACCUGAUGACUUCACACCCGUCCGACCAAAACUGUACAAGGUUGGUCUUGGCCUUGGCUACCUGGAGCUCCCUCAGAUUAAUUACAAGCUUUCUGUGGAACACAAGAAGAGGCCAAAGAUUGACCUUCUACCAGAGAUGAGACUGUUGCAGACUCUCCUGGACACUAAGGCGGUGUAUAUUCUGGACUGCUGGUCGGACGUGUUCAUCUGGCUCGGACGCAAGUCCCCCAGGCUGGUCCGGGCAGCAGCUCUGAAGCUGGGGCAGGAGCUGUGCAGCAUGUUGCACCGGCCCAAGCAUGCCAUGGUCACGCGCAACCUGGAGGGAACCGAGUUUCAGGUGUUUAAAUCCAAGUUUAAGAACUGGGAUGACGUUCUGAAGGUGGAUUACACCAGGAACGCAGAGAAAGUGCUGCAGAAGGAGGGGCUGUCAGGGAAGGUUAAAAAAGACGUGGAGAAGAAAGACCAGAUGAAAGCAGACCUGACUGCCUUGUUCCUCCCUCGGCAGCCAGCCAUGCCUCUGACUGAGGCAGAGCAGCUGAUGGAAGAGUGGAAUGAGGACCUGGAUGGAAUGGAAGGUUUCGUUCUGGAAGGAAAGAAAUUUGCUCGCCUGCCCGAAGAAGAGUUCGGCCACUUCCACGCCGAGGACUGUUACGUCUUCCUCUGCAGAUACUGGGUGCCGGUGGAGUAUGAGGACGAGGAGAAGGCUGAGAAGAGGGGCGGGGAUGAUGAAGACCGGCAGCAGGAAGAGGAUUUCCAGUGCGUGGUGUAUUUCUGGCAGGGCCGGGAGGCUUCCAACAUGGGCUGGCUCACCUUCACUUUCAGUCUGCAGAAGAAAUUCGAGAGCCUCUUUCCUGGCAAGCUGGAGGUUGUACGAAUGACCCAGCAGCAAGAAAACCUGAAGUUCCUCUCUCAUUUCAAGAGAAAGUUCAUCAUUCACAAAGGAAAGCGAAAGCAGAGGGAUGACAGCGUGCAGCCCAGCCUGUACCACAUCCGGACGAACGGAAGUGCGCUCUGCACCAGGUGUAUCCAGAUCAGUACGGAUUCCAGCUUCCUGAAUUCGGAGUUCUGCUUCAUCUUAAAGGUGCCAUUUGAGAGUACAGACAACCAAGGUAUAGUGUACACCUGGGUGGGCAGGGCUGCUGAUCCAGAUGAGGCUAAGCUUGCUGAAGACAUCAUGAACAGCAUGUUCGAUGACACUUACAGCAAACAGGUGAUAAAUGAAGGAGAGGAGCCUGAGAAUUUCUUCUGGGUCGGCAUGGGAGCACAGAAACCUUACGAUGAGGAUGCAGACUACAUGAAAUACGCAAGACUUUUCAGGUGUUCCAAUGAGAAGGGAUAUUUCUCCGUGUCUGAGAAGUGUUCUGAUUUCUGUCAAGAUGACCUCGCUGAUGAUGACAUCAUGCUUUUAGACAAUGGGAAAGAGGUUUACAUGUGGGUUGGGACUCAGACCAGUCAAGUGGAGAUUAAACUGAGUUUGAAAGCUUGUCAGGUUUACAUCCAGCACCUGCGAUCCAAGGACUCGGAGCACCCCAGGAAGCUGAGGCUGGUGCGCAAGGGGAACGAGCUGCACAAUUUCACCCGCUGCUUCCAUGCCUGGAGUGUCUUCAGGAAACCCCCUGCAUAAGCACUUUAAAACAGUUCACAGGGAUGCUCUGCUGGAGCGCUUCUCUCUGUUUUACCAGGUUUGACUGGACACAAUGUAGGCGUUCCUUAUCGGUUUACUCUAUAGCCAUAGUGCAGCAUUACACAGCUACAAAGUCUCAGAUAUUGACGCAUUUUGCUAGGAGUGUGAAAAAUAAAAUACAAAUUAAAAACAUGAAGUACAGUACCGGCUUUGCAACUCUGAAAUGCUGGAAAAGAUUUAUUUUUAAUUACGUGAAAGAAGAAUGUAUUUUAGCCAAUUUUAAUACUUCCAAGCUAAUCUAAAUAAUUAAUCUUAACUUGGAAGAAUACAUUUUUAUAUUUUUGCAACCUCAUACCUUCUCCUGUUCUGUUUUUUUAAAAGUAAAAUAUCUAAUUGGGGUAUUGUGUGCAGAGGAAAUGAAAUUAUGCACCACUAGGUUUACAGAGAAUUUUCCAAGACUUUAUUUUUUAGACUUGGUUUCAAAGUACGUCUGUCCUAUGCAGGAUCAUUUAUAUAGGCUGUAGUAUAUCUAUCCUAUGCAUUACAGCAACCCAUUUACACCAGAGUUUCCAGAUGUAUUUGUUAUAAACUGUACAUUUUAAGACCCAGUAAAUGUUAAUGGGUCUUUUUUUAAAAUACAGUAUUGUUUGUGAAAUAUUAAAGUCCUGUUUUUAAAGCAGCUGCAUAUUGUUCCGCUAACAUGUUCAACAUAUCAAAGUAUUUGCAACAGAAAAAGCUUACACUUGGAGAUCAAUAAUAAACCACUAGGUGAAAGCACAACUUGCUGUACAUAACUGAUUUAUUCACCAGCUGAUAUUCCAAGGCUUCCAGUUUAUUUUGAUAAAUUUACAUCUUUUAGAAAUGGCUGUAUCCACCUUUUUUUUUUUUUUUUUUUUUUUUUUUUUUUUUUUUUAGUCCAGUAUUGGUUGCAGUGUAAUUUGUCACAGUUACUAAAACAUUGUUUCUGUGUACUGUGCCAAAUUCCCAGCCUGCAGCAUUGUGCUGGAGCUGUUUUCCUUUGAGCACGCUUGUGCCACUUUCACCACAUCAGCGUGCAGUUCAUCACUGUUAGUAAGUUAAGUUUUAUCUGAAAGGUGGUUGAUUUCAUGGGUUGUUUUUACUUUAUUGCCAGUGGUUUGUAGUAGACUUGAAUGGGUAGCUGUUCUUUAUACUCGUAUCACCACUAAAGGUGCUGUUUGUGUUGCUUUCUUGCAGGUGGUAAGCACCUUCUUUUAAAAACUACUGAAUGAGCCCGUAUUGAUUUAUUUUUGGAUGCAGGGAUUACUGUAGCCGCUGCAAAGUCAAGUAACAGACAGUGUCUUUUAUAAAGAAGUCUUGAUAAUUCAGUAAAGGGCUCUUGGAUUUCAGGCUGUAGAAUUAAAUCAUGCACCUAUUGUCUUCACAAUUUGAUAUACAUUGAAAGUACUCUUGUGCCUAAACACUGUCCUUCUAAACCAGGGGUAAUUUUAAUAUUGAUGCUUCAGUUUAUAGAAUGACUUGUGGAUGGGCUAUUCUGUGUACAGUUAAAUUUAGUAAAGAAUCAAUCUGAACCUGUAACUAAUGGCUGAGGUAUUGGUAAGUAUGAACUCUGCAAAUGGUAUAGCGUGGUAGGGUACUGUGUAGACCAUUACAAUAAGCAAUGUAAUCCUGAGGUGGAACCACAUUAUUAUUAUUAUUAUUAUUAUUUAUUAUUAUUAUUUAUUAUAUUUUUUUUUCCUUGCAAAGGGUUUUGUGCUGGACUAGGCAUCCUGUCACGUGUUGAAUCUGCUGUUCGAAAUGAAACUGCAAAACUACAUGUGUAAUUUGUCCAAUGUGUCUGAAUGUGUUAGUUUUCCUGGUGCUGUGUCAGCUUGUUUGCACUUGCCUAUUCUGCAAUUUUACUGGAAAUAAGGAAGUAGCUGUAUUUAUGAAUUUUGUAUUUCAAUAAAAUUGCACAUCACAUUUUA